AUGAUAAUUGCUACAAAUUCGACGUUCACCAUUGAGAACAGCAAUUUUAUAAACACGACAUCCAUCAAAGACUCAUCAUUUUCGUUCAAAAAUUCUUCAAUUAAAAUUUCAAAUUCAAUUUUCAAUGGAACGCAUUCACGAUCAAGAGGAUCUGUUGUAUCAUUUUACAAUUGCUCAUCACAAAUAACUAAUAGUACAUUCGCAGAAGGAAAAAGUCGCAGUAAAAGCGCUGCAAUUAACUCUAUCAACACGGAAUUAAAUAUUUCAGAGUCAGAUUUUAUUCAGAACAUUGCACUAUCAGAAAUGUCCGUUUAUUCUGAGUUUUCAAAAGCAUCAAUAGAAAAUUGCCAUUUCACUGGGAAAAUCAACGAUGAGAUUUCUGUUCCUUUGAUGAACCAAUGCAGAAAUUGUACUUUUGAUGUUAAAACUGAAGAAUUUGUCGUUAUUGAAGAAUAUCCUUAUGAAGAACUGUUUACUACAUUGUUGAUUCUUAUCUUCACAAUAUUUGUACUUCGUAACAAGAUUUCAAGACUCGUUCAUUCAUUUAAAUUCAAGAAAUUAUAA